AUGACAUACGCAUCAAUAACUGAGAAUGUGACAGCUAAUAUAACUUCGGACAACGGUACAACAGCAUCGUCGGAAAAAGCACUAUCUCUUUUGGAUCAACUAAAUGAAUAUGCGGAAUUUAGAGCUGCCGUUGUUAUCAAUAAUUAUUAUCUUUAUGUUUUAUGUGCGUUAGGAAUUCCUGGUAGCGCAUGCGCGCUCAUUACAAUAUGUCGCAUGAAACCUCUCACAUCAUCAUCUGUUUACAUGGCGAUGCUAUCCUUUGUUGACGCCAUGAAUCUCGUUUUCAAAUUGUUAUACUUGCUUCUUACACUGUAUGAUGUCCGACUAUUCGAUAAUGGUUGUAGAACAAUGUUCUUUCUCGGAACAUUUUUAAUGCACUAUUCUAAUUGGCUGUUAGUAUCAAUGACGGUUGAAAGAUUUAUUGCGAUUUGGUUUCCGUUGCAAGUCACAAAGCUAUGCACUAAGAGACGAGCCUUAAUCAAUAUGAUAGUUUUGGCAAUUUUACUUAUGGCACUUAACUUUCAAUUCUACUGGACAACCAUUGAGAUACCCCAUAAGGUUUACGUGUGGCAGUGUUCUUUCGUGGAUGAAUACGUGCAUUUCAUCAAAAAGAUAUGGUACUGGAUAGAUGGCGCUGCUUACAGCAUAGUACCUUUUAUACUACUUUUGAUAUUUAAUACGAUGAUAAUUCUUGGAAUAAAAAUGGCGUCUAGCAAACAAAGGAUGUUGACCAAUAAAAUUGACAAAACACAAAAUACCGAUAAGAUUAAACAUCAACAACAAAUAACUAUAAUGUUAGUGAGUAUCUCUGUUGUUUUUAUUAUAUUGACCCUGCCUAACUGUGCUUUUUUCAUCAUGCAAGACUAUUGGGAUUACAAACAAGAUGUCCAUACGUAUGCACAAUACUUUUUGGUGUAUAAUAUCGUAUUUUUCCUGUCAGAUCUUAACCAUGCUAUUAAUUUCUAUAUGUAUUUUCUCAGUGGUCGUAAAUUCAGGACGAUGUUUAUAAACAUGAUUUGUUGCUGCAGAAAGAAACCACUCCGUCGGCCAUAUUCGACAACAAUGACUCAGAUGAGUUCGGUGUCAAUGCGCAAUGGUUCGACAUACAACAGUACAUUAUCCUCUCAACAGAGCAUUCUGAAAAACUCUGCAAAUGGAACAGCUAAUGGAAGUCAAUCUACUGUAAAUACAAUUGCUUAAGACUUCUUAAUGUACAAUUAGAACUUGAUUUGUGUCUUAGUAACUUGACAAAUACUAAUUUAGGGUGCAUUGGUAUGUACGUACGUUCAAUUUUAGUUUUUUCC